AUCUCGGGACUCACGCCCUAGGCUCCCGAGAUGCUCCUCCCGGGCUCGCGAGGAGGGGGUCCCAGCUGCACAUUACGCAACUCCGGGGCUCGCUCUCGCACAGCCGCGAGGUUUCCUCGGUAAACCUACCCCUCGCAGUGUCGCCUUCUAGGGUGGCCGGAGCCGACCAUCAGCCCACGGCCAGGGACCCACCCCCGGGCCUCGGCGCCCACGCCCAAACCGGUCCGCUUCUCCGGCGCAGUGCAGCAGAGCGCGCUCCCGGCCAGGCCCGGGCUACACGCGCGCGCGCGCGUGUGUGUAUCCAGAGCCGCGCACGCGCGCUGGGACCCGCGCCCUCGGCGGCGGGAGGGGUCGAGGGGGCGUCCUGGGGGCUGGGGGAGGAGGAGGCGGCGGCCGCGUUGCCCUCCGCGGGGCUCGCGCUCACCCUCGCGCUCGCCCUCCGCCUCGCCGGAGCCCCGCGAGGUUGAAACGCUUUCUCCCGGCAUGCAGCGGGAGGAGGGAUUUAACACCAAGAUGGCGGACAGCCCGGAUGAGUACGAUACCGAAGCGGGCUGCGUGCCCCUUCUCCACCCCGAGGAGAUCAAACCACAAAGCCAUUAUAACCAUGGGUAUGGUGAACCUCUUGGACGGAAAACUCAUAUUGAUGAUUAUAGCACAUGGGACAUAGUCAAGGCUACACAGUAUGGAAUAUAUGAACGCUGCCGAGAAUUGGUAGAAGCAGGUUAUGAUGUACGGCAACCAGACAAAGAAAACGUUACCCUCCUCCAUUGGGCUGCCAUCAAUAACAGAAUAGAUUUAGUAAAAUACUAUAUAUCAAAAGGUGCUAUCGUGGAUCAGCUUGGAGGAGACCUGAAUUCAACUCCAUUGCAUUGGGCCACAAGACAAGGCCAUUUAUCCAUGGUCGUUCAACUAAUGAAAUAUGGUGCAGAUCCCUCAUUAAUUGAUGGGGAGGGAUGUAGCUGCAUCCAUCUGGCUGCUCAGUUUGGACAUACCUCGAUUGUUGCUUAUCUCAUAGCAAAAGGACAGGAUGUAGAUAUGAUGGAUCAGAAUGGAAUGACUCCUUUAAUGUGGGCAGCUUAUAGAACACAUAGUGUGGAUCCAACUAGAUUGCUUUUAACAUUCAAUGUUUCAGUUAACCUUGGUGACAAGUAUCACAAAAACACUGCUCUGCACUGGGCAGUACUAGCAGGGAAUACCACAGUCAUUAGUCUUCUUCUGGAAGCUGGAGCAAACGUCGAUGCCCAGAACAUCAAGGGUGAAUCAGCACUUGAUUUGGCAAAGCAAAGGAAAAAUGUGUGGAUGAUCAAUCACUUGCAAGAAGCAAGGCAAGCAAAAGGAUAUGACAAUCCAUCUUUCCUUCGAAAGCUAAAAGCUGAUAAGGAAUUUCGGCAGAAAGUAAUGCUUGGAACUCCUUUCCUAGUUAUUUGGCUGGUUGGGUUUAUCGCAGACCUGAAUAUUGAUUCUUGGCUCAUUAAAGGGCUAAUGUAUGGUGGCGUUUGGGCUACAGUACAGUUUCUUUCCAAGUCCUUUUUUGAUCAUUCAAUGCAUAGUGCGUUGCCCCUUGGGAUAUAUUUGGCAACUAAAUUCUGGAUGUAUGUGACAUGGUUCUUCUGGUUUUGGAAUGAUCUCAACUUUUUAUUUAUUCAUCUUCCCUUCCUUGCCAAUAGUGUUGCACUUUUCUACAAUUUUGGAAAAUCUUGGAAAUCAGAUCCAGGGAUUAUUAAAGCUACAGAAGAACAAAAGAAAAAGACUAUAGUUGAACUUGCAGAGACUGGAAGUCUGGACCUCAGUAUAUUCUGCAGUACCUGCUUGAUUCGGAAACCAGUGAGGUCCAAACAUUGUGGUGUGUGCAACCGCUGUAUAGCAAAAUUUGAUCAUCAUUGCCCAUGGGUGGGUAACUGUGUAGGUGCAGGCAACCAUAGAUACUUUAUGGGCUACCUAUUCUUCUUGCUUUUUAUGAUCUGCUGGAUGAUUUAUGGUUGUAUUUCUUACUGGGGCCUUCACUGUGAGACCACUUACACCAAGGAUGGAUUUUGGACCUAUAUUACUCAGAUUGCCACAUGUUCACCUUGGAUGUUUUGGAUGUUUCUGAACAGUGUAUUUCAUUUUAUGUGGGUAGCUGUGUUACUCAUGUGUCAGAUGUACCAGAUUUCGUGUUUAGGUAUUACCACAAAUGAAAGAAUGAAUGCCAGAAGAUAUAAGCACUUUAAAGUCACAACAACAUCUAUUGAAAGUCCAUUUAACCAUGGAUGUGUAAGAAAUAUUAUAGACUUCUUUGAAUUUCGAUGCUGUGGCCUCUUUCGUCCUGUUAUUGUGGACUGGACCAGGCAGUAUACUAUAGAAUAUGACCAAAUAUCAGGAUCUGGGUACCAGCUUGUGUAGCAGCGACUUUAUCCUCCGAAACAUUGCUGAGUGGUGCCUGAGGAUCGUGUCUGUCCCUGUCUCUCUCACUCGAAUCCAUAUCCUUGGAACAAAUAGCAUGCUAUAUGUAGGGCUAACAGUGAAUUUUACAGUCUUCUUUUUUUCUCUCCCAACACUUUUAUUAACAAAAGUAAACAUGGACAGAACACACUGCCACUUCUGGGAAGAAUAAAAAUCAUAAAAAGAAUUUUCACAGUUCUUAAUGUAGGAAUUCACAAUGUACUCAACUUUUUGGUUUUGUUCUCAUAACAUUUUUCAUGAAAAAAGUGAACUUAUUCUGUUAAUAGAAAUGGUAUACUGAUGAUAAAUGCUCACUUAUAACUAAGACUAUAUUUAUGUUAUAUGGCUAAAUUUUAUUAUGCAGUACUAAGAGUAUUGCAUCUAAUUCCAGGAGAAUUGUCUUAAAUUGAUCGAUUUAGUAUUAUGUACAUUUUUAGAUGUACAUGUAAAUACUGUGAUGAAAAUCAUGUGGUUUUAUUAGAAAUCUACUGUACUGUGUCUUCUAAGGCACAAGGAAAUAAUGUUCACAAAAAGUGUGCUGGCUGUUUUGUUUCUAUCAGCUGUUGCUAUGCUGGUAUAUUUUUAGUCCAGUGAAAUAAUUUCUAGAAACCUUGCUCUGAGGUCUUAAGGUCUGAUAAUAAAGCACUUGCAUGAGUAAGUAUACUAAGUCACAUUAUUUUGUUGAAAUUUAAUGCCCUACUAAGUGCAUGAUACACUGCAUAGAAUGUAUACUAGCAGAUACUGUCCAGUGAAGCAUAAAUUAGGAUUUAAUUUCAUGCGCAGAACAGUUCAAUUUUUAAAAGAGUUGAGGUGAAUUUUCGACAAGCAGCAAAACAAAUAAGCUAACACAAAAUUCUUAGUAACAGAAAUAAACAGAUCUGCUUCUUUUUAAAUUCUGAACUGAAAAAUAAAUUGUAGAAAAAUAAUGAAGUUUAAACUAAAGAUGGAGCAUGAUCUCUGUACAUAGCACAUGUGAAUAAAUGAAAAGCUAAUGAAAUAUUCUUUUUUUUAAAAAAAGAUGAUCUAUGAGAAAGUAGAAUUUUAAUGCCCAGGAUUAUUUUAAUUUUUCCAGCAUUGAACAUGUUUUGAAGUUUGUAACAUUGUCUGAAACUAUUUCAGAUUUUUUUACUAUUGAAUGUGCUGCACUGAUCAAUUUUUGUUGCAGCAUUUCCAUGCCCUCAUGAUGAAUUCAUGUCACUGCUUCCAUGAAUAUUGUUUACAGUGAGACUUGAUGUAGUCCUCUUAAAUGCUGUAGUAAACUGUGGUUCGAGCAACCUGUGGGAAACCUGUGAGAGGGAAUGGGGGGUGGGAGAGGGGAAGGGAGGUCAGGCUGAUAUCAGAUCCUAGACCAGUGUAAAGAAUGUGUAUCUGUAUAUAAAUAAUUUAUCAAAUAGUUUUCUCUCUGUGUCUCUGUGUAGUAGUGUUUUAAAAGCUGCUCAUUUCAUUUUGUCCAACCCCCCCCGAAAAGGGAGAUAUUAAUGAGCUUCUAGUGACAUUCAAUAUUGCUGUUAAUAGGCAUUAUUCCUUGCAAGUUCACUGCAUGUCCAAUGCUUGGUAAAAUUAGUAUUCCCUAUAAAGUGCAGAUUACAGGUAUUAAGCAAUCUAGUGAUAUACCUGCCCCCUGCCUUAGUAAGAGGAGCAGUGAAGGUGUAUAUAGUUGAUGUUCAGUAUUUCCAAGUACUACCAUUUUUAUAUAGUAAUUUCUUUGACCAUAAGUCAACAUAUCAAAAGAUUACCCUUGUUGUACCUGAGGGUUUUAAUAUUAGAAUUGGCAUAUGUACUUUAUUUUUGAAAAGGGAAGAGAUGGGUGUGGGGUGGUAAUAGCAUUGUACCAUUUUGUCAUAGAAUGUAAAAAAUUGGUUAACUGUACAAAUGUCUCUGCUAGUUUUGACUAAUAAUGGGGGGAAAUUUUAGGUAAUUUUUAAAUUCAAAAGUUAUUUAUAAAAUGCUAGAAUUUGUUUUAAUUUUUGUAUUUUGAGUCACUUCACAUGAAGACUCAGUUGCAAUUUUUAUCAGAUACAUUUUUAUCAACAAAGACUAUGGUGGUUUUCUCAGAGUUUGAAUAAGAAUGUUGUUACCAUGUUCUUUCUUUGUGGUACAAGAUUCUUUUCAGUGCAAAAGAGAUGCCUCUCAGUUGAGCAAACAAAAAUAAAAAAUUAAAAAAAAAAACCUCUAAAUGUAUAAUUACAUGGGAAAUAUUUGCAAGGAGAUGCUUUUAGUACUAACCAUUUCAUAGUACCAGUGAAAUUUGUAACGGAAUUGUCAGAUGGUCAGGAGGCAACUAUGCAGCGUCUGUUUCAUUAUUUUGUAGGUCGUGUGUGGAGCCAAUUUAACCCAGCUCUCAAGCUGUGUGUGAAGGUAACUAGUCCAUUAGGGAAUAGUUCCUAUUGUCUCAAUUGAAAUACUUUUAGGAAACAGGAACUUCAUUCUCAGCUCUGAACAUGAAUUCUUUGGAGUUUUUUCAUUGAUAUUUUUGUUGUUUUUAGGAGUUUAUUUGAAAUAUUAGGCAUAAAAGCAUCCUACUUAAGCUAUGGAUAUUUUUUAUUUUAUAUUUCUUUAUUUAUAACUGUGCCAAGUAUUAUUUUGCUACUUACUGUGUUACUCUGUGGAAAGAAAAACUUGUAAAGUGUUUAAUAAAUUAGUCCUCACAUAAAUUAAAUCUGUCAAAAUUUUGUAAAAUAUUAAUCAGAAUAAAUAUUGACUCUUAAAUUUGGUGUG